GCCAUUAACUAAAGUAUUUAGGGUCCAAAAAGUCCGGUCGAUCUCCGUCGUAGAGUUGGAGCGAAAGAGGAGCCGAAACCGCAGCCGGACGUCAUUCGCCAGAGCAGCCAACCGCCUGAUAAAGCAGAGGGCAUAACGUCAACCCAGCAGUCGAUAUCGCAACAGCAGAAACUUCUUUGUAUUGUUACCACGGUUGGCUGACUUUCAUACGACGAGUCGCUGGACAGCUUGCCCACACAAUCCCGGACCGACACUGUCUGAGCUGUCCAUCUCCCAGCAGUUCCAAUCAGGUUGCGGCGAACAAGACCCGCGAGACCCCGCUGACGACCGCUCGCCGCAUCUCGACUCCCGUGAUCUGUGACCGCAUUGCGCUUCGACGGAUGGCGACAGCAGCCGUGCAACAACAAUGACAGCCGUUCAGCCAGCGCACGAGCAGACGUCUGCGAUGGAAGACAUCCAUGGUGUUGACGUUUCAUGGCUGCAUAACUCGACGAGAGGCCACCACCAUCGCACGCAGGCUCCGUCGUCCCCGGGCCUGACCAGAGAUGCUCCGCCAAAGACGUCGUCCCAUGGUGGUCUGCCCACUAGACCGCACCAGAACCAUGGAGAGCCCACAGCGCCCGAACCAGCAGCAGCGCCAGCAGUGCAAAGACCUGCCUCACCACCUGCGCCCACUCCAGCACCCACUGCGACAUCCACACCCCAGAAGAUACCCCAAAAACGACCGACGAUGCUUAGCCGAGGUAGCGACGGGAAGAACGGCGGUACCACUCACUCAGACUCCAAAACCAGCUCACGGCGCAACUCGUGGAUAUCUAGCAUAAGCUCCAAAUUCUCGUCGCAGAACCCACCUGCGCAAACAACACAUACCCAGGCGCAAGGGUCGCCAGCUGCUGCAAAUGGGAACCAUGCGAAUGCGCCAUCAGCCAACGGCGCCCUCAACGGAAUACAGGCUGCUGCUGGAGGCAAUAACCCAGGCCUUGAGCCAUACGUACCUCAGCAGCCCAAAGCCAACUUCCUCUCGAAUGCCCUGCGACGGUUGUCAUCUGGAACUCAGGUUGGAACUGCCGGCAAGGUCUACCCCAACGGUGGCAUGUGUCCUAGAAGGGUCAUGAACGUCGAUCCAAACCGAGCUCGAUGCCUAGUACCCGAGCUCGAUCAGAACAAGCUGCGCAAAGUAGCAUUCUGCGUUGACGUCGAAAUCGCCGGUGGGCCUAAGUACAAGGAUGACCCGGACAAGGACGAGAAGAAGAAGCAACGCAAAGACAAUAAACUCAAGGAGCGCGGCGAGGGCGAAGCGUUGAAGCACCCAACCGCUGUGGUCGAAGAGAAGGAGACCGAUGGUGUUGUAUCGGUUGCGCAAGAAGCUGUUGGCACUGAGCAGGAACCGAACCCAGAGGGCACCGUACUUAACGAUGACAAGCAAGAACCGAGCAAGAAGAAAGAGAAGAAGAAGCGAUCUGAGGCAGAGCGAAAAGAACGGAAAGAGAAGAAGCGUAGGAAGGCUGAAGAGAAUGGCUCGAUACCUAUGGAGUUUACCAGGGACGACGGCGAUGUAAGCGCGGACAGCGCAGGGGCUGCACCAAGCUCCAACACUCCCCCAAGGCCCCAGGACCGUCCUACCAUCGAUCCCCUACGUAUCUACCGAAGAUGCUGCCAGCUUCGCGAAUCGCCUAUCCUGAAGCGUCUCAGCGAUCAACUUUCAUCUCCGUCUGCAUGCUCGGUCGCGCACCCAGGAAUAGUCACAUCUUUGGAUUUGACGGGGUCGAGGUUACAGCUCGCCGAUGUCAUGACCUUGUCAGAUUGGCUUGCUAUCGUGCCAGUGAAGAAACUGUUCCUGGAAGACGCAGACUUGAAUGACGAGAAGAUCAGGGUCAUUCUUGCAGGACUUCUAGCAGCCAAGAUGCCGUACACUCCACAAAAUCGCAGCGCCACUGCGCAGGCAACGGAUGAGGUCAACGACACACAUGGAUGCGCAAUCAAGAAGCUUGUCUUGAAGAAUAACGCCAAGAUCACAGCUGAGGGAUGGAAGCACAUUGCGUUGUUCACUUACAUGUGUAAGUCCAUCAUCGCACUCGACGUGUCGAUGAUACCGUUCCCUAGGCAGCCGACCCAGGUGUUAUCACCACCAGUUACCUCGCCACCCACGAAUGGGACACCAUUGACAUCACCAAUGAAGGAUGUGAAAACAAGAGACGUUGCAGAAAUCUUGUCGAAGGCUAUUUCCGAACGCCUAGGAGGUUCAACGAUGCAAGAGCUUCUCAUGGCAGAGUGUGGUCUGACAUCACCAAGCAUCAGGAAAAUCAUCGACGGUUGUGUAGUCAGUGGGGUGAAGCGACUCAGUCUUGCUGACAACGACAUCGACUGUGAAGGCCUGGAGCAUGUCCAACAUUACAUUCGCUCAGGUGUCUGCGAAGGUAUCGAUCUUGGCGGCAACGAUCUGCAAGAAUGGGUACCUCAACUUUGCGACAGCUUGGGCAAGGACAGCACUGUCUGGGCCUUGUGUUUGGCCAAUACUGGCUUGACAAAGGGGCACCUCAAAUCGUUGUUCCCAACUAUGGUCAAUCUACCAUCACUACGAUUCCUUGACCUGUCGCGCAACAAGGAUCUCUUUGCAGAUCAGACGGCAUUAUGCCUACUGCGAAAAUACAUUCCGCAAUUCCGGGAGUUGAAGCGCCUGCAUCUCCAAAACGUUGGUCUGAAACCUGCAGACGCUAUCGCUAUCGCCGAGAUUCUGCCUGACUGCCCGCACAUUGCGCACGUCAACGUUCUUGAGAACCCUGAGAUCGCCCGUGUGGCCACUUCGACGGACGAAGAGACCCAGGAGGAAGCUGCUGCGAUGUUUGCUUCAUUGACACUUGCAGCCAAGUUAUCCCGAACGCUCAUCUGCGUCGACAUUGAUGUUCCAGCACCAGGGAUGAACGAGGUUGUUAGGGCUCUCGCCAAACAGGUCGUGGCCUACUGCCUUCGAAACAUCGAGUUGAUCAACGAGGUGCCUGAGCUUCAAGGUGCACCGAGGGAAGUCGAGUUGCCUGGCGUGCUUGCCCACCUUGUAGGUCCCACAGAUGGCAAUCUUGCGGAUGGCACCGUUCAGACUGCGCCCGACAACGACUACAUUGUCGGUGGAACGGGCAUCGUCAAAGCACUCAGUUACUGUCUGUCACACAAGGACGCAGAUUUGCGUAGAGGGCCACAGAUCGCUAGUGGUACUGUCACUCCACGCAGCCGUAUCGAUGUUGCCGAGGAGCCUAGCAAGGCAAGAGCAAUGUCGAAGAACCUCCUUGACACUGCACGCAACACAAGGGCGAGGAUCCAGCCUGCGCUGAUCCGCGAGGCAAAGGGUGGCAACGAUAUGAACUACCGCCGCCUCCUCUUCCUCGACCAGACCCUAGAAGGCAUGAUCCAACGCUUCGAAGACGAAUACCCCGAAACCCGCCUCGCCACAUCCUCCGACACCGCCUCCUUGCACUCGCGCGCCAGCUCUGUGCUCAGCACCUCGCCACCCCUCUCCUCCGUGCCCACCAUGACAGACUCCUUCAUCGACCCCACCGCCCCUGAGUCCGACGAAGACGAACCGCGCCUCCUGCGCUCACGCCACAACUCCGACGUCUCGCUCGCUUCGCGCAGCAUGUCCAUCGAAGAAGGCGCCCUGCACCGCUUCGGCCACCGUGUGCGCACCGGCCUCUUAAACCCGUCACGCCCCACAUCCAGUCACUCUGACCAAGCCUUCAUCUCGGGCACAAUGGACAAUGAAGGCCUCCCAGAGCAUCUCCAAGCCUUGCGCGAAUACUUCAUGAAUUUUUCCGGCGACGAGCUGCGGAAUAAAAUUCAGGGCCUCGGGUGGGAGAAGGCUUUUGAUAGCGUGGUCGAGAACGCGCAGGAGUUGAAGAACCUGGAGAGUGAGGAUCCGGUUACGUUUAAAAGGUUUAGGGAGUGUCAGAUUGCGAGCCUGAAGAAUCGGAAUCCGGAUUUGCAGGUGGCGGAUGUUAUUGAACAUGGACGGAGUGAGGAAAAUGGGGAUGCGGUGAUUAUGAACGGGGAGGGGCAUAGGCCAAUGGUGUUUAGGGAUAUCAGUAAGCAUGGCAGGAGUGACGACUAUGCUGUGGAGUAAACUGCUAGGUGUUAAGAAUGCGAGAGGCUGUAGGAUAUGAGAUGAGAGAUUUGCAUUGGGCGGCGAUGGAGGGUUAUGAUCUAUGACUUGGCAUAUUGAUGGGAUCGGACGGCUUUUACAAGCAUCGAAGAGCGCUUAGCAUUGUUUUGUAUUAUUAUUAGCAUACAGUCUUUACUUGGUGAAAUGAGAUCAACUCCUGAUUUAGUAGCGGAAUGCAUG